CCCCCCGGAUCGGAACCCAGGCAGCGGCUCGGACCCCCCCCCCCUGCGGCUGCCACGGGUUAAGGGCAGAAGGCGGAGGCUGCUGUCCAGACAUGGUGGACUGAAACUCCGGAGGGUUUCCUGAGCCAUUGCAAGAGUCUGCCCCCCCCCCCCCGCUCCACCGGGGAGGAAGGAGAAGGGGGGGAACCGCUCUCCUUUCCCGCUUCCCUCCUUUCUUUCUGCCUUUCUGUCCCUAUGGAGCAGCGAUCCCCCACCCUCGACCAUGCCUAGGAAAGUGGGGAACGGGCAACUGCCCUUACCCGAAGGCUGGGAGGAGGCGCGGGAUUACGAUGGCAAAGUCUUCUACAUCGACCACAACACCAAGAAGACCAGCUGGAUCGACCCCCGGGACAGGUUAACAAAGCCAUUAUCCUUUGCAGACUGUGUUGGAGAUGAGCUACCAUGGGGAUGGGAAGCUGCAUAUGACCCUCAGAUUGGUGUCUACUAUAUCGACCACAUAAACCAAACGACACAGAUAGAAGAUCCAAGAAAACAAUGGAGACAAGAGCAGGAGAAAAUGUUAAAAGAUUAUCUUACUGUAGCACAAGAUGCCCUAAGCACUCAAAAAGAACUAUAUCAUAUUAAAGAACAGAGACUGGCACUCGCUUUGGAUGAGUAUUUGAGGUUGAAUGAUGCCUACAAGGAGAAGUCAAGCUCCCACACAAGCUUAUUCUCAAGCUCCUCUUCUAGCACUAAGUAUGACCCCGACAUUCUGAAGGCGGAUAUCUCCACUACAAGAUUAAGGGUUAAAAAGCUGAAGAGAGAACUCUCACAAAUGAAGCAAGAAUUACUGUAUAAAGAGCAAGGCUUUGAAACGCUGCAACAAAUUGACCAAAAAAUGUCCGGAGGCCAGAGUGGGUAUGAACUAAGUGAAGCCAAAGCCAUAAUGAAUGAGCUGAAGUCUAUCAGAAAGGCCAUAAGCUCAGGCGAGAAAGAGAAGCAAGAUUUAAUGCAGAGUCUUGCAAAGCUGAGAGAAAAAUUCCUCUUCGACCAAACUAUUGGCAGAUCUGAACCAGAUCUGAGUUGCAGCCCAGCACAUUCUCAGCUCUCCCUGUCUAGGCAGACUUUGGAUGCAGGUUCACAGACAGACAUUUCUGGUGAUGUUGGCGUCAGAAGUAGGUCCAAUUUAGCUGAAAAGGUCAGGCUCAGUCUUCAAUAUGAAGAAGCCAAAAGAAGCAUGGCCAACCUCAAGAUUGAACUGUCUAAGUUAGAAAGCGAAGCUUGGCCUGGGGCCCUGGAUAUUGAGAAGGAAAAGCUAAUGCUGAUUAAUGAAAAGGAAGAGCUUCUAAAAGAACUUCAAUUUGUCACCCCAUGUAAACGCACUCAAGAUGAAUUGGAGCAUCUGGAAACAGAAAGGAAAAGACUGGAAGAGGAGCUGUCUGUGAAAAGCACACCUAGUGAUGCACUUACAGAACGGUUAAAACUGGAAGAGAGAAGGAAGACCUUGGUUAAAAAACUUGAAGAAACCACUAAAUUAACUACUUAUUUGCAUUUGCAGCUUAAAAGUCUCUCUGCCAGCACCUUAUCGGUCUCUUCGGGGAGCAGCCUGGGGUCUCUGGCAUCCAGUCAUGGGUCUCUGAACACAUCUAGCAGGGGAUCACUGAAUUCCCUUAGCUCUACAGACCUCUAUUAUAACCAAGGUGAUCAAACCACAGACUUGGACUAUCAAUAUAAACUGGAUUUCAUAUUGCAAGAGAAAUGUGGUUACAUUCCAUCAGGCCCUAUCACUACAAUACAUGAGAAUGAAGUGGUCAAUUCCCAUGGGAGAAUGGGCUACAGUGAUUCGUCUGGCUCUUCAAGCUAUGCCCCCAAAUUAACCGAACCUCCAAAAUCAGUGACAUCCUUGUCUUCAAGAUCCUCCCUUUCCUCCUUGUCCCCUCCUGGUUCACCUUUGGUUUUGGAAGGUGCCUUCUCAGUGCCACCUCAAGAUUCUCCAUUGCACCACCUCACAGCAGACUUUGAGGACUGCGAUUUGCCGAAUGAUUUUGCAGGCAUUCGCCUCUGUGAGAACCAAAUGUUGUUGGACUCUGAAGCCCGGACAUCUUCUCAGUCUCUUACAGAUGAUAAAGACCUUAGUGAAAAUGUCAGACAGACCACAUCACCUUUGAGAAAUGCAGCUGUUGACUUACCAAGAAGAACUGUAAGUCACCUGCUUGAGGAGAAGGCAGGGUGCGUAUUGGCUGCAGUGUCGGAUGAGUCCAUGGCUGGAGACAGUGGUGUAUACGAAGCUUCUGUAAAACAACCAAAUGAUAGUGAAGAGGUUGCUUAUUGUGAAGAUGAUGCCACAAUUCCAGAAACGGCUCAAGUGCAGAUAGGACUCAGAUACGAUACAAACAGCUCAAGUUUUGUGAUCAUUGUGGUGCGGCUACAAAACCUACAUGCUCUUUCUGUAUCCCCUGGCUCCAAAGUGUAUUUUAGACUUGCAGUCCUCCCUUCUUCAGCUGACAUCAGCUGUCUGUUCCGCACAAAAGUCCAUCCUGCUUCUGAAACCCUUUCGUUUAAUGAGAUGUUCAGAGUUGCCAUUUCCCAAGUAUCUUUGCAUCAGAAGACUUUGAGAGUGGAUAUCUGCUCAGUUAGUAAGACUUGUCGGGAAGAAUGCCUGGCUGGAACUCAGAUAAGCUUGGCAGAUUUGUCAUUUUCAAAUGAGACUUCUACUCUGUGGUAUAACUUGCUGGCUUGCAAGCAGGUUCCGGGCAACAAGAGCAAGGAAUCAAAGGAGGAUCCUGUAUGUGUUCCAGGCAGUCAGUUAUCAGGCUCUUUGGACUUGGAUGCUGUGUCAGCACUGCUAGAAAGAACUUCAGCCGAACUGGAAGCAGUAGAGCAAGAGCUGGCGGAAGAAGAGGAAGAAGGGGAAGAAGAAAAGGAAGUUCAGGAGUCACAGAGUGCUGAGCAAGAAUGGCUAGGAAUCCUGGCAGAGACAUCCAGCAAGAUUCUGAGCAAUGAAGAGGACCAUGUGGAAGGCGCAGAGGGAAGUUCUUGUGCAGACGAUCUCUGCCCCCAGAUGGUAGAAGUGAAUGAAGUCAAGGAGAAGGAAGACGGCAGCCCUGCAGAUGUGUGUUGCAACGAGCUAGCGACAGUAUCGCCCACAUUGGUGGACAAAGAAACUAACACAGAAGAUAAGAGUGAGCGUGUGGUUGUCCGGCCCAAGGACAGAGCCAGCCUGAAGACUCAGCAGCAGCAUCCCUUUGUCAGGAACAGCAUGAUAGUCCGCUCACAAACCUUCUCUCCAGGAGAGCGGAACCAGUACAUCUGUAGGCUGAAUCGGAGUGACAGUGACAGCUCAACAUUGGCCAAAAAGUCCCUUUUUGUGAGAAAUGCCACAGAACGGCGGAGCUUGAGAAUCAAAAGGCCUGCUUGCCAGCCUAACAUACGAAGAGCAACACAAAAGCGCCCUAUCCGUACCUCCCUUGACUUGGAGCUGGAUCUCCAGGCUUCUCGGACCCGACAGAGCCGCCUAAAUGAUGAACUGCAAACACUGCGUGAACUUAAACUGAAGCUUGAAGAGAUGAAAGCAAGAGGGGAGACUGAGCUUCCUCCAUGUGUGCUGGAGGAUGAAAGAUUCCAGAAGACCUUGAAACAAGCUGAAAAACAGGCUGAACAAUCCAAGGAGGAAAAAAAGCGGGGUUUAAGCGCUGAAAAAUUGAUGAGGAAAGCUUCAAAGGAUGUAUGCCGGUUACGAGAGCAGAGCCAGAAGGUGCCACUUCAAGUACAGUCAUUUCGGGAGAAGAUUGCAUACUUUACCAGAGCAAAAAUCAGCAUACCUUCACUGCCGGCGGAUGAUGUCUAACUGUACCCCUGUCCCCAUCUCCACAAGGUGUUUUCUACUUGUUCAUCUUUUUUAUAUAUAAAGAUGAAAUAUUUUGUAGCAUAGUUACCUGGGUUUAAAGCCUCCUGUUCUACAUCACAAAUAUUGUUUGUUUUAAAAAAAACCAACAACAGUAAAUUGUAUUCCUGUAUGGGGUUUUUUAAUGCAAGGAAAAGCUCUCUUUCUUCUCCUCUGUUCAAAUCUCCCACACCAAAAAUACCAAAGUAGAUUAUUUCUGGUACACUUAUGCAAAUUUUGUACAGUUUGUAGGUAUUGCAGAUAUGCUACUAUUUUGUAAAGAUGGAUCUAAAGAACAAAGGCAGUACCAAGUAUAUCCUGUUGAACUGCACUGUGUCAAGCAAUAUUGUGUUCAGCAGGAGGUUUCUUUUCACUGUUAUUUUUGUCACAAGAGCAAACUGUGAAGAUGGCUGCUAGGCCAUGCAAUAUUUUUGUACAAAUGUGUGACUUUUUUUUAGCUAGCAAGAAACACAUUCUUCCAAAACAGCAAGGCUGCCUCAUAAGGACAGGUGCUGUUAACUUCUGUCCCUCACACUGAAAAUUUCAACUAAGAACCCUGUCUUUUUUUUUGUAUGAAGAAAGACCCAUGUGACACUGAGCUACAGGAGCGUGGUUUUGUGAAUGGACCUUGGGCUGCACACAGGUUGUUGAAUCUCCUUGCAUCUGAAAGCAGGGAAAGGUUGUGUGCGACAACCCUAUAAUCUUGAAAUGAAUUAAACUGAAUCUACCUGAGGGCAGCUGUUUUCUGAAACUGGAUUCAGGUUCAUGCAAAACAUUUAAACCUGAGGAGUCAAACACUUAAAAGAUAAAACUAACAUUUCAAUAUAAUGUGUACGUCUAGCACCAAAACCUGUAGGAUUAGUCAAGGGUAGAAAGCCCUGUGCAAUUUUCAAAAAAGUGGUUCUAGGCAAAAAUUCAUAAUUUGUCAAAGCAGCAAACAUGUUGUUGGUAUAGAAAUUUCUUCUAAAGAGACAUGUUUGCCAUUAGAGCACUUAAAAAUGUGUUUCAGUAGGUAAAAGAACAAAUACACUUUGCAAACUGAUUCCCAAGUUAAGUAUGGCACAAAAAGGAAUGAUCAUGAUUGAGGUACCUAUGGGACUAGAUUCCUGGUUUGUUUAAAUUGCUGUUUGUUUUGACAUAAAAACAAAAGACAAUAUGAAUGUGUUUAUCAAGUUUGGUACUGGGAAACAAAAAUUUCUAGUGACCUUUCUAAGCAGCGUAAUGCUACAAGUGUGCAAGUGGAUGUGUAUAUACUGGCGUAUUCUCUCUGGAGUAUUAUCUUGCGGCAAAUAGCUGCUCUUCGCUGAUGUCAUAGUACGGCUUGGCUAGCAGAAGUAAUCAUUCUGGCAGCAUUAGCUUGGCCGCUGGGGUAUCACAAUAGGACAGUCAAACUCCAGGUAGGGCCUGGAGGUCUCUCAGAAUUAUAACUGAUCUACAGGCUACAGAACUCAGGGCCCUUGGAGAAAAUGGCUGCUUUGUAGGGUGGACUGUAUGGUAUUAUACCCUGCUAAGGCCCACAUCCAACUCUUCCUUGGCUCUACCUCCGAUCUCCAGGACUUUUCCAGUUCACAAUUGGCAACCCUAGGGGGCUGAGCAGUCUAGGCCAAGAUAGCUGAUUGCUAAAGAGAACUGGAAGACCUUAGAAUUUGAAUUCUGACUUCCUGCAAUUUUGCAAAAUUACAGCUGCAGUUCUGUGCACAUGGAGAUGUGACUUCCACUGUCAUUCAUAAGACUGUACUGUAACCCAGCGAGAUUAUGCUUUAAGGGCUUUUCAGUUACACUUUGAGAGUAUAAAUUGGUUGGGUCCGCACAAGAGGAUAUACUUUCUGCUUAUAUAUGUGACACAUACAAACACACCUACAUAUGAAAUCUAAAUCAAAAACAACCUAUUUGAAUACUUUUCCUCCUGGAAAUAGCAAAAUAACAUACGGUUAGGCCCACCAAGAUGUAGCCUUUUGCUGAGAUGUAGUAGUCUCGCUGAAAGAUCUAGAAAAGAGAACUACAAUAUGUUUGUUGCCAUCUUAAGAAUAACUGGUGUAUUUUUAAAAACAUACACACCUGUGCCUUAAUUUUUUUAUAAAUUUCUCCAGGGGAUCCUUUUGUUAUGCACAAGUCUAUGUAGUUCUUCAGAUCCUGUAAACAUGCCUUUAGACCUGGAGGCAGUUAGGAAAACUAACUGCUUGAUACUUCAUGGAUACCCCAUAAUCACACAAAUGCCAUUCAUUGUGAUGAGGUCAGUCUCUAAAAGCUAAAUUAUUUAAUAUAGAAAUGAAGGUUGAUUGUCUCAGCUUCUCAGUUUGACUAUAAAAUGUUCGUAGAUUUGAUGUAUAGAGUUGUACCUUAUGAUUUAUUUAUUUUCAGUCUUAUUUAUGUUACUGUUUAAUAUAGUUCAGAUCUGGUCAUUUAAAUUUGCAGGUUUUAAAAAAACUACUGUCAGAAAGGUUGUACAGCUUUCUUGAUUCUUGAUAUUAAAUGAAUAUCAGAAGGGGACUAAAAAGGGUUGUCUCUGAUAACUCAUAGAUGUUGACAAAUAACAUUUUGGCUACUUACAAGACUUUCUCAUUUUUAAAAUCAAAGUGAUCUUCCAUGCCUUAAUAUGCCCUUUUACUACCCAAGGGUACAUCCAUACUAACUCAAGAAUACAUUUGAAAGAGUUCUGAGUUUUUCAAAUCUGGCCCAGUUUAUUCACAGUGAUGGAAUUCCUUGAUUGUUUUUUUUUAAUGUUACCAUGGAUAAAUUCCUGUAUACAGAUACCACAUUUAAUGCAAGAUGUUAUUCUUCAUGGAAUAGAAUUGUAACAAAACAGUUCUCACGAUUCCAUUAUCAGUAUAUUAGUGCAAACUGCUUAUUGAAUUUUAAGUAUUACAGGUAUAAGGCAAUAUUAUUGUUUAGCCAAAUGAAAAAAAAUAUAGCAAAUUGUUUAUAGGAUGGAAAAUCAGAUUUCAACUUUUUUUUCCUUGUUACAAUUAAGUAUAAAAUGCUCAGGACGGAACUAAAUAUUUAAUCAGGUUAUAUCUCGAAUGUCUUUCUUUGCUAAUAUUGUCUGUAAAUGUACACAUGUACAUCACUUAGAUUAACUUUCAUCUCUGCACUUUCCAUGUGUUUCAGUGAUUUGGAGAAAAAUACAUUUUUUUUAACAAA